UCCCGAAGCUUCUUCGCUUUGCCCUUGUGUAUAAAAUUAAUGUGUUUUUGUAAAAAGGAUUUUUCUUGAUUUCCUUUUCUUGUGUUGAGCCUUUGUUGUGCGUCGCCAUGUCUCUCGCUGCAGAGGCUUUCGUCUCUCAGAUGGCAGCUGCUGAGCCGUGGCCUGAAAAUGCCACACUAUAUCAGCCUUUGAGAGAGGAUCAAAUCCUCUUGUCUGAUUGUGCAUCCUCCUUGGCAGUUCAGGCAUACCUUAGGAUGUGUGGUCUGCCAGUGCGAGUGUGUUGCCGUGCCAAUGCUGAGUACAUGUCACCAUCAGGGAAAGUUCCUUUCAUCCAUGUCAGUAAUCAAGUUGUCUCAGAGCUGGGACCAAUAGUGCAGUUCACAAAGGCAAAGGGCCACUCUUUGAGUGAUGGCUUGGAUGAUGUUCAGAGAGCAGAAAUGAAGGCCUAUAUGGAGCUGGUCAACAACAUGUUACUCACAGCAGAGCUGUAUAUUCAAUGGUGUGAUGAUACCACGGCAUCAGAGAUCACAAGGCCACGCUACAGUAGUCCAUAUUCUUGGCCUCUUAAUCACAUCCUGGCUUAUCAGAAGCAGUGGGAGGUCCGUCGGAAAAUGAACGCUAUUGGCUGGGCAGGGAAGACUCUUGAACAGGUGUAUGAGGAUGUUAGUCAGUGUUGUCAGGCUCUCUCCCAGCGACUUGGUACCCAGCCCUACUUCUUCAAUAAGCAGCCAACCGAGCUGGAUGCCCUGGUAUUUGGUCAUCUGUUCACAAUCCUGACAACACGCCUGACCAGUGAUGAACUCAGUGAGAAGAUCAAGUCCUACAGCAACCUUCUAUCCUUCUGCCGACGAAUCGAACAGACUUAUUUUGAAGAGCAGGACAGAGAUAGCCAAUCAGGAGCCUCACAACUCUCAAAAGGCCCCUCCCUUAUUUGAGGCACUGCCGCCGUGUCUGGGUAACGUCCCUCUCUCCACUGUUGUAAUGUGAGAAAAAGGUGCGGUGGUGAAAACAAGCUGAUCCUGUGGCAUCAUAUCAGAAUGAAUGGCUUGAUCAUCAUUGUACAGAGUUAGUGUGUGUAUAUAUAUAAAACCCGCUCAGAUCAGUGGACGGAAGGAGGUGGCUAGAUCAUUAAGACACAGUCAGCGUUCCACAAUAUUCCAGCACUCUUCCAACUGUCCUUUUGCCUGCUCGCAAUGCCAUAUAAAGAAGUCUGCCUGUUGACAUAGUGUAGAAGCUGAGAUGUUCAUCAGGAGUAUUUCUUUUUCACUGCAGUGAUUUCUAGUAUAAUUUGAUGUACAUGGAAGUGCCUACAAGGAAAAAUAAACUCCACCAAAAAGUC